CAGACCGCUGGAAGGGUGUGGGGUCUGCCCCGCCUCGGCGGCGGGGGAUGAAAUGAGGGGUUUGGACCAGGUGGUUCUGAGGGUGGCUCCUAGACUUAGGCUUCGCUCAGGCCGGGCGGCUGAACCACAGAAGCGGCCAGAGCUUUCUUGGGAAGGCAGGGGUUGGGUGUCUGGGGCUUCAGAUUAAACCCGGAGAACUGUAACUGCUGCCUCAAGGGAGGCCCUAGGGCCUGCCCUAGAAGUGCGGGUGGCAGGGUGUUUUCAGGACCAGCCGCGUUCUCUCCUUCCGCCGGGUACCUGGGGUUGCGCUAUCCUGCGGGAAUCGCCACUCCCUGGCUCUUCUCUUCGCUCUUUGUUUAAUGGCCUAGCCUUUCUGAGACUGGAACCCUCGGUAUAGAGGGGAGUUUUUUUGUUUUUUGUUUUUUUACUUGCCCAAGACCACAAAGUUGGGAGUCAAGCCCAGAGUUUAAAUGAGGAGAUCAGAAGCUUCUCUGACUAGGCGUAGAAGAUCCCCAUGAACCUAGGGAAAAAGACCUUUAUGAUCCAGAUUUGAGUCUUAUUUACAUUUGGUUUAUUCCCAUGGAAAGACAUAAAGCAUUCCAUGGUAGUUGUCAUCAUUCAAAAUAAACACUAAAGUUAACAACACCUUUCUUUGGGCAUUAUUCAUAUAGUCUAUAUUUGGCCCAACUUCUUGUGAAAUACUCCCUCUUUAUUUUAUCAUUUCAAUAAAAAAGACAUGUCUUGCUGAAUUCAUGAACAAUUCCCUCAAUUAAUUAGUCUCAUCACAUGAAUAUUGGAUGUAAUUUGGACUUGUCAAAUGAUAUAGUUCACCUAUACUCCUAACCUUAAGCAAGUUGUAUGACUUCCAUAUACCUGAGUGUAUCUGCAUAACAUGAAAGCUUUGAACUAGGUAAACUUUCAACCUUAUUUCUUAUUUAAAUGAUUCUAUGAAUUCUAUUAAAAUGAUCUGUGAAUUCUGUGACCUACCACCUGCUUCCCCCCCUCCCCCCACUCUGCAUGUUUUCUUUCUCUUUGUCUUGGGGAUCUAUCUCAGGGCCUUAUGUGGCUAUACUCUCUAGCUCUUAAACCCACUCACCUCUCUGAGAAUGGUAUUGAGAAUAGACAGUAGAAGUCCCUUUCACUACAUUAGCCUGGUUUGAAAAUGCCAGUAAUUUCUGAACGUCUCUUUUUGGACAGGAAAAACUCUCUGCCCUGAACUUUUUUUUUUUUUCCUCCUUGUGAAAGCAGCAGACGCUGAGCAGCAACAGCCUUUGGAGAGAUGCUGAGUUUUUCUUGACUUCUACAGUGAUAAAGACCCUGAAAAAGUUACUACUUCUGGCCUGUGUGGCCAUCAUCUUACCACUCAUCCCCCAAGACAACCCAGCCUGAACAUUAGUGCCUCCCUCUUUAUUCCUCUGUGAUCAUCCAGAUCAAUGCUUGACUGUUUAUUUUCAAAUUUCACAAGCCCAGCCCCAGAUCUUCAUAUUCUGGUUCUCAGCUGCUCUUGAAGGUCUCACUAAGUUGCUUAGGGCUCAUCACAUUGCUGAGACUGGCUUCAAACUUGUGAUCCUUCUGCUUCAGCCUCUCAAGUCGCUGGGAUCACAGGCCUGCACCACUGUACCUGGCAUUGUUCAUUACCUUUAAAGAAAGACAUACAAAAGUGAAUGUGUAUACAUAACAGUGACCUGUUACCACAGUAGCAGAGUCUGAUAUCCCCGGCAGAUCUCCAGUUGCUUCUAACAUCACCUCCCUCCCUUAUCUCCCUUUGUGGCCUCCUAAAUGCCCAUCUCGUUGGCCUGGGGUCAGUUGGUGGUAUGGAGGGGUGCUGCCUAGCACUGACCUGGGAGUGUGUGUGACCUACUGACCCAAUGGACAUCAAAGGCCAGUUCUGGAAUGAUGAUGAUUCAGAAGGAGAUAAUGAAUCAGAGGAAUUUCUCUAUGGUGUUCAGGGGAGCUGUGCAGCUGACCUGUAUCGACACCCACAGCUUGAUGCAGAUAUUGAAGCUGUGAAGGAGAUCUACAGUGAGAACUCUGUAUCCAUCAGAGAAUAUGGAACUAUCGAUGACGUGGACAUUGAUCUCCACAUCAACAUCAGCUUCCUCGAUGAGGAAGUAUCUACAGCCUGGAAGGUCCUCCGGACAGAACCUAUUGUAUUAAGGCUGAGAUUUUCUCUCUCCCAGUACCUUGAUGGACCAGAACCAUCAAUUGAGGUUUUCCAGCCAUCGAAUAAGGAAGGGUUUGGACUGGGUCUUCAGUUGAAAAAGAUCCUGGGUAUGUUCACAUCCCAACAAUGGAAACAUCUGAGCAACGAUUUCUUGAAGACCCAGCAGGAGAAGAGGCACAGUUGGUUCAAGGCAAGUGGCACCAUCAAGAAGUUCCGAGCUGGCCUCAGCAUCUUCUCACCCAUCCCCAAGUCUCCCAGUUUCCCCAUCAUACAGGACUCCAUGCUGAAAGGCAAACUGGGUGUACCAGAGCUACGAGUUGGGCGCCUCAUGAAUCGUUCCAUCUCCUGUACCAUGAAGAACCCCAAAGUGGAGGUGUUUGGCUACCCUCCCAGCCCUCAGGCAGGUCUCCUGUGCCCUCAGCACGUGGGCCUCCCUCCCCCAGCACGGACCUCUCCUUUGGUCAGUGGUCACUGCAAGAACAUUCCCACUCUGGAGUAUGGAUUCCUUGUCCAGAUCAUGAAAUAUGCAGAGCAGAGGAUUCCAACAUUGAAUGAGUACUGUGUGGUGUGUGAUGAGCAGCAUGUCUUCCAAAAUGGUUCCAUGCUUAAGCCAGCUGUCUGUACUCGUGAACUGUGUGUCUUCUCCUUCUACACACUGGGAGUCAUGUCUGGAGCUGCAGAGGAGGUGGCUACUGGAGCAGAGGUGGUGGAUCUGCUGGUGGCCAUGUGUAGGGCAGCUUUGGAAUCCCCUAGAAAGAGUAUCAUCUUUGAGCCUUACCCCUCCGUGGUGGACCCCACUGAUCCCAAGACUCUGGCCUUUAACCCUAAGAAGAAGAAUUAUGAGCGGCUUCAGAAAGCUCUGGAUAGUGUAAUGUCCAUCCGGGAGAUGACCCAGGGCUCAUAUUUGGAAAUCAAGAAGCAGAUGGACAAGCUGGACCCCUUGGCUCAUCCUCUCCUGCAAUGGAUCAUCUCUAGCAACAGGUCACACAUUGUCAAACUACCUCUCAGCAGGCAGCUGAAGUUCAUGCACACCUCACACCAGUUCCUCCUGCUGAGCAGCCCUCCUGCCAAGGAGGCUCGGUUCCGGACCGCCAAGAAGCUCUAUGGCAGCACCUUUGCCUUCCAUGGGUCCCACAUUGAGAACUGGCAUUCAAUCCUGCGCAAUGGGCUAGUCAAUGCAUCCUACACCAAACUGCAGCUGCAUGGAGCAGCCUAUGGCAAAGGCAUCUACCUGAGCCCCAUCUCCAGUAUUUCCUUUGGAUACUCAGGAAUGGGAAAAGGACAGCACAGGAUGCCCUCCAAGGAUGAGCUGGUCCAGAGAUAUAACAGGAUGAAUACCAUCCCCCAGACUCGAUCCAUUCAGUCAAGGUUCCUGCAGAGUCGGAAUCUAAAUUGUAUAGCACUUUGUGAAGUGAUUACAUCUAAGGACCUCCAGAAGCAUGGGAACAUUUGGGUGUGCCCUGUGUCCGACCAUGUCUGCACAAGGUUCUUCUUUGUAUAUGAGGAUGGUCAGGUGGGCGAUGCCAACAUUAAUACUCAGGACCCCAAGAUACAGAAGGAAAUCAUGCGUGUGAUCGGAACUCAGGUUUACACAAACUAAGGGGGCCCCAGCCCUCGUACCACCCUGUUCCCCCAGGAUACAUCUGCCCUCAUUAAAGGGCUCAGUCGCAGCAGGUGAGGCUGCCCUGAGGAAUCAAGAGGCCAUUGUCAAGGGGCAGGAAAAGGAUAGAAGAGACAACCUUCAUGGUGGAGACUGACCCAGGAACCAUUCCACAUUUGGAUGGCCCAGACUGAUUCCAACCCCUGAUUUGCCCAAUUGACUUCACUCUGUUUGUAAAUAAAACAAUAAAAUGGAAGGUGCUGUGGACUGGA